AUGAAUUCAAACUUCGAAAGCAUUUAUUCACGUUUUAACUUAGAAAUAUAAUUAAAGUACUAGGCAUUGAUGAUUCCGACGGCGCCGUUACCGCAGCCACAAGUGGCAACGCCGUUGCCGGCGGUCGGAAGACCACCCUCGAAUGCCACCGCGCUCAGGAACGGCAGAGAUCCGCUCACCAACAAUGUGCCUUCGAUCACGUUCUCUGAUGCUACAGCGAGGCCACUGGGGCCGAUGGGAGAGAUGGAGGUGACUACCAAAGGACCGCUUGAACCGACAUUAAAGCCGCCAACAUUGAAUGCAACGCCAUUUAAUCCAGUACCGAUGAGACCAGCGUUGGUACCACCAAUCACAGCGAUAUCGCUCCCAAGACCUGCACCAAUCACUCCAUUACCAAAGCCAAAGCUGUUAACACCGACAUUGGUUACUCCGCUGUUAAUUAGUCCACCAUUACCCAAGUAUCCACUGAGACCACCAGCCGCAGUACUGAAUGUCUACAGUCAGGUCUUGUCAAAUUAUUUGGGAAAUGGUGGAGUCGUAAACGGACUUAGCCUCGGUAGUCUUGGCGCUAACAACCUUGGGCUUGGCUUUGGCAAUGCCGGAUUAACUGUAUCCGAAGCAAACAACAUUGGCUUAAACGGUCUUGGUAUUGGUAACAUUGGCUUUGGUCUUGGUAACGCCGGUUUGGCUGUAAGUGGAUUGAACACUGGCUUAGGAGUAGCCGGUCUUGGAUAUGGCGCUGGUCUCGGCGUACAAAACGUGGCUGCUACGUCCCAGGUGCCCGUCACCGGCCCGUUCACCGCUAGUGGCAAUGCUGAGCUCGUGGUCGGAGGUGACUUUGGUGUCGGCGGUCAAGCCGUGAUCGGUGGCCAGAUUCCUGUGCUCGGUGCUGUUGGUUUCUCCGGCCAGAUACCCGCCAGUGGCGUCGUAUCCAUCGCUGGCAACUGUGGCUGCUCGAGUUAUCCUCUCUAA